AUGGGAUGCGACUGCUGUGGCCCUCCCGCAUCAGCUGCGGAGUCGGUCACUGCUGAGACGCCUCCUCCAAGCGAUAUCGGAAGUUGCAAGGAUGCUUGCUGUGAUGGAGGCGACGCUGAGACUGAAGUUGAGGAGAAAGAGUCAUCAAAAAAGGGACGGGACGAUGAUUGUUGUGCUUCUGGUAGCUGUGAGGAGCCGAACAAGGAUGAUGCACCAGAAUGUUGCCGCGGAAAAACAAGCCCAUGCUGCAAUGCUUCUUGCAUUGACCGUAUCGCCAUGCGAGAGUGUGAGCUGAGUGCUUCUCACAAGCCGGAUGGAACGGGUUGCGGCAGCUCUAGCUCUAGCUCCAGCUGCAAUGGCGCAGCUGACGGCAAGGCAUGCAGCAAGCACAGUCUAUCUGCUCUCGACCGCUACGGUGCAACUCUGAAGGCGCUUGGAUGCAUCUGCCGCGCUCUCAUCGCUUUGGGUCAAGAGUCUUGCUGCGAGACCAAAAGCCGCUCUGUUGUCACCAAGCAUUGCUCCAAGAAGUCGUCUUCCCGCUCUCUGAUCCGCACUUCAACGGACUCUUGCUGCAGCACCGGCUCUGUCACGAAAGAAAAGGCUGCGGAGAACCGUCUUCGCUUACGAAAGGGUUCCAAUGAGAGUGCCAGGUCCGCCAAACAGCUCCCUGUCAAGGAGAGCUGCAUUAAGUCGUGCUGUUCCGUUGUUAAGCCCGACAAAGAAGCAAUCCCUAAGAAGUGUGCCAACUCAUGCUGUUCGGGAGACAACGCCAAAUCUAAGUCUCCUGAACCUAGGCCUGUCAAAGGCAAAGAUAAGGACGACUGUUCUGGUGGGUGUUGUUCCAAGAAGGCUGUACCCAAGAGCCCACUCAUCGAAAAGAAUUGUGCCGACAACUGUUGCAGCGAUGGUGAUUUUACCAAGAAAGUCGUUGAAAGCGGCGGGUGUCCCGAUAAAUGUUGCACAACUCAGCCGGAAGAGGUAUUCACUGCCAAGAAUGUACGAAUGGCUGAAGUUGCAAAGAGCAACUGCGCAAAGUCCUGCUGUGACGAAGAAAUAGCGGCGAUCGUCAAUGAGCUACCCAAGUCUACAUGUGUCAGUUCCUGCUGUAAGCCAGCUGAGAAUAUCAUCACCAAAUCUUUCAACAGCUGUGCCGAUUCUUACUGCGAGAAGGCUCCAUCUGUCAUCUCUCGAGACUCUCCGGCGGAUGGUUGUUGCGUUCCUACGUCGCCGAAGGGAAUGAUGAUUGAGACAGUUCAAAAUCUCGAAGAUAUAGAGAACCAGACAACAGGAAAGGAACAUGUGGUUCUCAGCAUCUCCGGCAUGACAUGUACCGGUUGUGAGACCAAGCUCAACAGAACUCUCGCUACAGUCCCAGCUGUCAAUGAUCUGAAGACCAGUCUUGUUCUCUCACGAGCUGAGUUUAACAUCGAUCUUCGUCUCGGUUCAGUUGAUGAGGUUAUCAAGCAUCUUGAGCGAACCACUGAGUUCAAAUGUGAAAGACUUCAGACGAAAGGGUCUAGCUUGGAAUUCAUCGUGAAUGGCAGCACGGCUGAGUUUAUUGGCCAAUCAUGGCCCGAAGGGGUUCUGGAUAUGAGUCUUGUCGACAAAGAUACUGUUCGGGUCUCAUUUGAUCCCAAGAUCGUCGGAGCGCGAGACCUUGCUGAAAGAUCUUGGGACCCUCCAGUUAACCUUGCACCUCCUCGCGGUGAUUCGCCGCUUGAAGCGGGCAGUAAACAUGUUCGCCAUGUUGGGUACACCACUCUUUUGUCUGCUGUUCUUACAAUUCCUGUUCUGGUCAUGGCUUGGGCUCCGCUUCCUGAGAGGGAGGUCGCAUACUCUUCGGCUUCCCUGGCUUUGGCCACCAUUGUUCAGGUUGUGAUUGCUGGGCCCUUCUACCCAAAGGCUAUCAAGGCUUUGGUCUUUUCCAGAGUCAUUGAGAUGGACCUGUUGAUUGUUUUGAGCACAAGUGCAGCCUACGUGUUUUCCGUUGUUUCAUUCGGAUAUCUCAUUGCUGGUAAGCCCCUUUCAACCGGCCAAUUCUUCGAGACUUCCACUCUGCUUGUCACUUUGAUUAUGGUCGGACGAUGGGUCGCAGCACUUGCUCGACAGAAGGCAGUUGAAUCCAUCUCCAUUCGAUCACUCCAAUCCUCAACUGCAAUUCUGGUCGACGAGACGACCGGCACGGAGCGUGAGAUAGACGCCAGACUUCUUCAGUACGGCGAUGUCUUCAAGGUUCUACCGGAUACCAGAAUCCCGACAGAUGGAACAGUCAUGAGUGGUUCGUCUGAGGUCGAUGAGUCGAUGCUUACAGGCGAGUCCAAGCCCGUGGAGAAGCACUUCAAGAGUGUUGUCAUUGCAGGGUCUAUCAAUGGCCCUGGAGUUAUGACAGUUCGCCUAAACCGCUUGCCGAGCGACAACACCAUCAACGCAAUCGCUGCUAUGGUCGAUGAAGCCAAACUAUCAAAGCCAAAGCUACAGGAUCUUGCGGACCGAGUGGCCUCAUAUUUCGUCCCCGUGGUUGUGGCGUUGACUAUUCUCACUUUUGUUAUCUGGGUUGCAAUUGGCGUAACAGUCCGUGGCUAUGGUGGCUCCAAGGCAACGACAGAGGCAAUCACAUAUGCCAUUGCUGUUCUCAUCGUGUCCUGUCCUUGUGCGAUCGGACUUGCAGUACCAAUGGUCAUCGUUAUCAUGAGCGGAGUCGCAGCAGAAAGAGGCAUCAUUUUCAAAUCUGCAGAUGCUAUCGAAGUUGCUCACAAGGCCUCCCACGUUGUUUUUGACAAGACUGGAACCUUGACUCAAGGAAAGCUUACUGUCGUUACAAAUGAGUGUGUCGAUAAAAGUACUCUUCCUCUCCUUUUGGGCCUGAUAGAAAAUAGUCGUCAUCCAGUCUCCAUGGCUGUUACGGGUUACCUCAGGAGUAUUGGCAUUGAACCGUCGGUUGUAGGCGAGCCAAAGAGCUUGACCGGUAAAGGCGUUGAAGCAGUUGUAAAGGGUCAGAGGUUGAAAGCUGGAAACUCUACAUGGCUCAAUCUCUCGGAUGAUCCUCUUGUUCAGCCUAUGCUUUCUCAAGGUUACACCGUCUUUUGUUUCACAAUCAACGACGAACUGCAGGCCUUGUACAGUCUUCAAGAUGAGCCUCGGAAGGACGCCUUUGCGACGGUUGAAGCUCUGCACAUGCGAGGCAUCUCAGUCCAUGUGGUUUCUGGAGAUGAUGACAUGGCUGUUCAAAACAUAGCAUACAAGUUGAACACCCCACGAGACAAUGUUCGCUCACGUACUUCACCUUCUGGCAAAAGGGACUAUAUCCAAACUCUCCUCGGCACUUCCACUGAUCGCAAGAAACCAGUCGUCGUCUUCUGCGGCGACGGUACAAACGAUGCAGUAGCUCUCGCCCAAGCCACCAUCGGUGUUCACAUGAAUGAAGGCACAGAUGUAGCCCAGUCCGCGGCCGACGUCGUUCUCAUGCGUCCCAAUCUAAGCGGUAUUAUCACUAUGAUAGACGCGAGUCGAAAGUCGGUCAACCGCAUCAAGUUUAAUUUCGGAUGGAGCUUCGUGUACAAUACUUUUGCCGUUCUCCUGGCUGCGGGGGCAUUCGUCAAUGCCAGAAUUCCACCGGAAUAUGCAGGUCUUGGGGAACUGGUGAGCGUUCUGCCGGUUAUUCUUGCGGCUGUGCUUCUGCGCUGGUCGAAGAUCUAG